GACGGGCUGGUGGCAACGGUGACUGCGGCUGGUGGCAACGGUGACUGCGGCUGGGGGCGACGGUGACGGCGGCUGGGGGCGGCGGUGACGGCAGCAGCGGUGACGGCGGCUGGUGGCGACAGUGACUGCGACCGGGGGCAACAGUGGCGUGGCUGGUGGCAGAGGUGACGGCGGCCCGGGGCGACAGUGACGGCGGCCGGGGGCAACAGUGACGGCGGCUGGGGCGACGGUGACGGCGGCAGCGGUGACGACGGCUGGUACCGACAGUGACGGCUGUUGGGGACAACGCCUCGGACUGCGAGAGCGGCUGGCUGCAGGUGGCUCACAACCUGAGCCGCACCAUGAUGCGGCGGGAGAUGAUCAUCGUGGAGCCCUACCGACGCCGCCGCUUCAACAGCCACAGGAGGCGGGUGGCCUCCGCCUCGCCGACGGUGGACGCGGGCCCGCCGUGCAGGCCCCGCCACGUGGUGGAGCCGGACCGGCGGCGGGCGGAACGGCGCCAGCGCCAGUGGCGCCAGCUGGAGGUUGACCUCCGCCUCAUGCGCGCACUGGCCGACAUCAUGAACUCCAAACGGAUGGACGACCGCAACCCGGACUUCGACAAGUACCGCCAGCUGCUACGGCGCAGCAGAGCGCGCAGCGUGGACCGGAGCCCGCCGCUGCCGCCACCGCCCGACCUUGACCCGACCCAUGACCAGCGCGGACACCCGGUACAGCGGCCGGGCGCGGCCGGUGGCGCCUCUGCGCACUAG